GACAAACUUCAAAACUAUUAUUAUUUUCGUACAGAUAGUGUGGUGUGUGAAUCUAUGAACAUAGUAUAAGUUGGAUGUGGAAAGUAGAGGAUUUUGUACGUGAAACGUUAUUAAACGUUCAAAUCCAAAAUGACAUCCGUGGACUCCGGAAUUGAAACAAGUAAUAACUCCGACGAUAGCUCGAUUGCUCAAAAUGAAGUAACUGAAGAAAUUAAUAAUGAUUCAGCUUCUGCAAUGAUAACCAAUAAUCAAAAUGAAGAAGAAGAGAUUAGACCGGGCAUUCUUCAUACGAAAUUUAGUUCAGAUUGGUCUCUUUGUUUAUCAAAUAGUAAUAUCCAAAAUUCUAUACCAACAAGUAGUUCAAGACCACGUUUCGAUGUAUCUUCUAAUAAUGUUUUAGAGAUUAAGUUUCCUUUGAGAUGUAAAUCUAAAACAACAGCCAGGUCCUUUUUAGUAAAUAGAAAUGUUUAUUAUAGGAAAAUAAAAUUUGUCAGUGGAGCACGUAAAAAUCAUCAUCUUGUUCCUAUAUUUGAUGUUCAUACCCGUCUUAUUGAACACAGAAUGAGAAUUGCUGCAGCAACAAACAAUACCAUAAUGAUGAGAACUCUUUUAAAUUCUGGUGCUUCUCCUAAUACUUGUGAUGCACAAGGAAGAACUCCUCUUCAUCUUGCCUCUUGCAGAGGUUCUACAGAAAUGGUUCGUUUAUUAUUGGAACAUGGUGCAGAUCCAAAUCUUCGGGAUUCUGUAGGUAAUACACCAUUACAUUUAGCUGCUGUAACAAGCAAAAUAUCUGUGGUGACACUUCUUUUAAAUGCGGGAACGGAUCCUUUAUGUUUGGACCAAUAUGGUUAUAAUCCAUUACAUUUAGCGCAGACAAAAUUAAAGUUAUUACAAAAUUGUGAAGGAGAAGCUAUAGUGAAAAUUAAAGAAGAAGUUCAGAAUAUAGUUAGUAUGUUGUUGGCAUAUUUGCAAAAGCACAAAGAUUCUCACAAAAAAAUGGAAACUUUGAGCACUUUAUGUUCGCGUUUAUCUUUAUCAAACACAUCCAAUCAAGUUCAAGAUGAUGUAAAAGACUUAUUGGCUAAUUUGGAUGCUUUAUCAAUAACACAAUAAUCUCAUAUUUACUUUAACAAAUUAAUAAUUUUAUAAAUAAAUUAAAUAUAAUAUGGAACUCAGAGGGAUCAAUAUAAAUUAAAUUUUUAGUUACGCGAUAAUAAUUUGAUUUUUUUUUUUUUAAUUCAAUUUAUAUUGAAAAGCAUUUCUGUUAAUUUAUAUACGCGCGUGAGAUAGAGUUUCGAUUUCAAAAUCAUAACCUCAAUUGAUUAUAGGAGUGUUAAAUCGAUAAAGUAAAAUAUUACGAAUUAAAAACUAUUAUAUCAAGUAUAUUUAUUUCUGUAAAUAAAUAUUCUUAAUAUUUUUACGAUCUUU